AUGCCUGCCAAAGCCGCCCUCCCAGUCCCCGGCAUCGCCGCCACCGAGGCCGAGAUCAAGCUCGCCUUCGCCGUCCUCAAGUUCAUGCGCCGCCCCAACACCACCGCCGUCUACGACGGGAUCGCCGUCGAGGCCGGCUCCGCCAGCGGCGACAGCGUGCGUCACGGCGUCCGCAAGGCCGCCGACAAGCACGGCUGGUUCUCCCAGGCCCCCGCCGAGGAUCCGGCCUCCGGCCCCGCCACUCCGCGCCCCAAGAAAGCCGCCACUCCCCGCAAGAAGAAGAUCGCCGAGGUCGACGAGGAGGAUGAAGCUGGAACCGCCGCCGCCGGACAGCGAGAUGAGGAGGGCACUCCGAAGACGAAGCGCGCCCGCAAGGCAAAGAGCAAGGACAAGGCCGUCGCCGCCGCCGUCGUCACGGAGGAGGAGACCUCUGGGGGCGAGAAAGAGAACAAGGACGGUGCCGCUGCUGCUCCUACUCCUGUGUCUGAGGAGGAGUGA